AUGGACAAAAUUCCCUUCGAGAUCCUAGCCGCAAUCCUGCGGACUACUGUGCUCUCAACCUCCAAGAAUGCGGCGCUUAAUCUACGGUUUGUUUGCCGGGCAUUCGAUACUGCUCUGAAGCCUGUACUAUGCCAGACUCUCAACCUUGAGUUCACCAGGAUCAGCCGGUUCAGUCACAGGCGACCCCCAAUGAUAGAAGGUCUCCAAACGAUCGGUUAUCACUGUACCUCUCUCUAUAUUGACCUUAUGCUACUAAGGGAUGAACUCGAAGUUGGCUUUCUCAACACACUCUUCAGGGAAGUGCCAUCGAUGAGGGAAUUCUGCGAUACCCUACAGACCCGUUAUUGCAUGAACACCAAGUCUUUCACAGAGGAGGAGUACCGCGCCAAGGUCACCGAAAUACUCUUCUACUGCAGUCGGGUUGAGCGCGUCAGAUUGAAUCUGCCCUUUCCCCUGGUCGGUCCUCAUUGUACGGCAGUCACGUCUACUCUGGCAAAUACCUUUGCAGCUCUUGGUCGCAAAGAAGAUGAGGAGUCGGAGCAUUCUAAGCUCAAGGUGCUCGUUCUUGAAAACGCCGCAGAUAUAUCCAUCUGCAGGCUCUGGACUAACCCGAUCGACGUCAACAACAUUCGCGUCGCGAUGGAGCAGGUCGAACACUUUGUGAUUUCGAUACGAAGACGCGAGCCCCUAAUAGAUAGGUUUCGCAUAUACUCUGCUUCCCUUUGGAGCCUGAUUGCAUCAGCCGGUCGCCUCAAGACCCUCUGUCUGGUGGGACUUGACUGCGAUUAUCGUCCACCUAAGGCUAUCAAGCACACGCUCUCGACGGCCCUAGAUGUGGAUGAAUGGGCUGUCAUGGCUCUCCCAAACCCCCGACUGCCCUUUCAGAGGCUCAGCAGUUUAGAGCUCAAGCGAGUUGAAAUAUCGGCCGAUUUUUUCGCUUCCGCCGGGGUUCUUUUGGGAACACCCUUCGCGAGCUCUUCCUCAACGAGAGCCAGUCGGCUUGGCUAUGACUUCUACGGUACAGACGACGAAUUAGUGGCACACCGGAAUUUCGAUCUUGACGACCCCCGUGGGUUCAAGCGCUGCCUUUCCCGCCGUUUUGUCGAAGUUGUCACGGGCUUGGGCAAACUCGGACCCGAUUCUGGUGAUGACCACCGCGACAUGGCUGCCCCGUCAGGGAAUAACAAACCCUGGGCCUUGGAAACCAAGCCGGUGCCGCCCAAACCCGUGAGGCCAUCGGAAUGGGAUACCGUUGCCUACCAAAGCCUCGUGGCCAACCCCACCUCAACGUGGCUGCGGAGCAUUGACGACACGUUUCCAAACUGCAACAAGGGAACCUUGGAUGAACUACACGCCAUUGCGCAAACCGCGUGCACGGGGAUGAACAAACUAACGGAGCACCGGAGCUCGCUGAGCCCAGAAACAGCCAAUGCGCUGCCUUUAGAACACCUCGAGGAUCUUGUAGAGCUGCCGCCCCCGGGUCCUCUUCAGCAGGUUGAAGAACAUGCAGAAAUUGCUCCCACCCAGUUAUCCCUCCAGCCCCUUAGCAACGAUGAUGAGGCACAAGGCCCGGGUAUAGCCUAA